CUCAGACGCCGCUGGCUCGGGAGGGCGCUGGGCGGCGGCGGCGCGGCUCCGAGCCCGGCAUGGCUCCGCAGGGCAGGUGGCGGCGAGCCGGCGGCUGGCUGCUGGCCUGGGCGGCGGUGUGCGGGGUGCGGGCCGCCGGCUGCCCCGCGCUCUGCACCUGCAGCGGGACCAGCGUGGACUGCCACGGCACCGGGCUCGGGGGCGUCCCCAGAAACAUCCCGCGCAGCACGGAGCGCCUGGAGCUGAACGGGAACAACAUCACCCGGAUCAACAGGAACGACUUCUCGGGGCUGAAGCAGCUGCGUGUCCUGCAGCUGAUGGAAAACCAGAUCAGCAUGGUGGAGCGGGGAGCGUUUGAUGACAUGAAGGAGCUGGAGCGGCUACGGCUGAAUCGGAACCAGCUGCACACGCUGCCGGAGCUUCUGUUCCAGCACAACCAGGCCCUGUCGCGACUGGACCUGAGCGAGAACCUCCUCCAGGCUGUGCCGAGGAAAGCCUUCCGCGGAGCCACCGACCUGAAGAACCUGCAGCUGGACAAGAACCAGAUCAGCUGUAUCGAGGACGGGGCGUUCCGCGCGCUGCGGGGCCUGGAGGUUCUGACACUGAACAACAACAACAUCAGCGCCAUCCCCGUGUCCAGCUUCAACCACAUGCCCAGACUCCGGACCUUCCGCCUCCACUCCAACCAGCUGUUCUGCGACUGCCACCUGGGCUGGCUCGCGGGGUGGCUGCGCCAGCGCCCCACCAUCGGGCUCUUCACGCAGUGCGCCGGGCCCCCCCCCCUCCGCGGCGCCAGCCUGCCCGAGCUCCAGAAACACGAGUUCAGCUGCUCAGGACAAACGGACGCCUCCCACGCCCAGGUCUGCAGCCUCUCGUCCGGCUCCUGCCCCGCCAUGUGCACCUGCAGCAACAGCGUGGUGGACUGCCGCGGCAAGGGGCUGACGGCCAUCCCCGCCAACCUGCCCGAGGGCAUGACAGAGAUACGCCUGGAGCUGAACGGGAUCAGAUCUGUCCCCCCUGGGGCCUUCUCACCCUACAAGAAGCUGCGGCGGAUAGACCUGAGCAACAACCAGAUCUCGGAGAUCGCACGUGACGCCUUCCAGGGGCUGCGCUCGCUGAACUCCCUUGUGCUGUAUGGGAACAAGAUCGCAGACCUGCCCAGGGGCGUCUUCGGGGGACUCCACGCGCUGCAGCUGCUGCUCAUCAACGCCAACAAGAUCAGCUGCCUCCGUGCUGACACCUUCGGGGACCUGCAGAGCCUCUCGCUGCUCUCGCUGUAUGACAACAAGCUGCAGUGCCUGGCCAAGGGCACCUUCGCCCCCCUGCGGGCCAUCCAGACGCUGCACCUGGCUCAGAACCCCUUCGUCUGCGACUGCCACCUGCGGUGGCUGGCGGAUUUCCUGCGCGCCAACCCCAUAGAGACCAGCGGUGCCCGCUGCGCCAGCCCGCGCCGCCUGGCCAACAAGCGCAUCGGCCAGAUCAAGGGCAAGAAGUUUCGCUGCUCAGCCAAGGAGCAGUACUUUAUCCCAGGCACGGAGGAUCAGCAGCUGAACCGCGAGUGCAGCAGCGACGUGAGCUGCCCCCCGAAGUGCCGCUGUGAGGCCAGCGUGGUGGAGUGCUCCAGCCUGAAACUCUCCAAGCUCCCGGAGCGCAUCCCGCAGGCCACGGCAGAGCUACGCCUGAACAGCAACGAGAUCUCGGUCCUGGAGGCCACGGGGCUCUUCAAAAACCUCCCAAACCUGAAAAAAAUCAACCUGAGCAACAACAAGGUGACGGAGAUCGAGGACGGGGCCUUCGAGGGGGCGGCGUCCGUCAGCGAGCUGCACCUGACGGCCAAUCAGCUGGAGUCGGUGCGCGGCGGCAUGUUCCGGGGCCUGGCGGGGCUGCGCACCCUGAUGCUGCGAAACAACCGCAUCAGCUGCAUCCACAACGACAGCUUCACGGGGCUGCGCAGCGUCCGCCUGCUCUCGCUCUACGACAACCAGAUCAGCACCAUCGCGCCCGGCGCCUUCGACACGCUGCAGUCGCUCUCCACGCUGAACCUGCUGGCCAAUCCCUUCGACUGUAACUGCCGGCUGGCCUGGCUGGGUGACUGGCUGCGGAGGAGGAAGAUUGUGACGGGGAACCCGCGCUGCCAGAACCCCGACUUCCUGCGGCAGAUCCCGCUCCAGGACGUGGCCUUCCCCGACUUCAGGUGUGAGGAAGGCCAGGAAGAGACGGGCUGCGUCCCACGGCCACAGUGCCCUCAGGAGUGCACCUGCCUGGACACGGUCGUUCGCUGCAGCAACAAACACCUCAAGUCCCUGCCCAAGGGGAUCCCAAAGAACGUCACUGAGCUUUACCUGGACGGCAAUCAGUUCGCGCGGGUCCCUGGAGAGCUCUCCUCCUUCAGAUCCCUGCAGCUGGUAGACCUGAGCAACAACAAGAUCAGCUCCUUGAGCAACUCCUCCUUCAGCAACACGAGCCAGCUCACCACCCUGAUCCUCAGCUACAACGCCCUGCAGUGCAUCCCCCCACUGGCCUUCGAAGGGCUCCGGGCGCUCCGGCUGCUGUCUCUGCACGGCAACGACAUCUCCAGCCUGCCAGAGGGCAUCUUCGCCGACGUCACCUCCUUGUCCCACCUCGCCAUCGGGGCCAACCCCCUGUACUGCGACUGCCAGCUACGCUGGCUCUCGGGCUGGGUCAAAACGGGCUACAAGGAGCCCGGCAUUGCCCGCUGUGCCGGCCCGCCCGACAUGGAAGGCAAGCUGCUGCUCACCACCCCGGCCAAGAAGUUUGAGUGCCAAGGUCCGCCGGCCCUGAGCAUCCAGGCCAAGUGUGACCCCUGCCUCUCCAGCCCAUGCCAGAACCAAGGCACCUGCCACAAUGACCCGCUGGCUGCCUACCGCUGCACCUGCCCCAGCGGGCACAAGGGCAAGGACUGCGAGGAGCCCGUGGACAGCUGCUCCAGUGGCCCCUGUGUGAACGGCGGGACCUGCCAGCCCCCGGCGCGGGAGGGAGCUGGGUUCACGUGCCUUUGUGCAGCAGGAUUCGAGGGGCCGACCUGCAGCGGCAUCAGCGACGCCUGCCAGGACCACGCUUGUGCCAAUGGGGGCACCUGUGUGCAGGGGCCCGGAAACUACACCUGUCUGUGCCAGCCCCACUACACAGGACGGACCUGCGAGGAACUGGUGGAUCUCUGCUCCGUGGACCUCAGCCCCUGCCAGCACAGUGCCCAGUGCGUCGUCACCGCCGAGGGGCCCCGGUGUGAGUGCGCCCCCGGCUACGGGGGGGACAACUGCAGCCUGGACUACGACGCCUGCCGGGACCACCGGUGCCAGCACGGUGCCCAGUGCCAGGACGAGGGGAACGGCUACUCCUGCCUCUGCACACAGGGCUACAGCGGGCAGCUGUGUGAGAUGCCGCCUCGCGCCCAGCCCAGUCUCUGCGCGCGGGCCGAGUGCCAGAACGGGGCCGACUGCGUGGAGCUGGGCAGCCGGGCCGUGUGCCGCUGCCGGCCUGGCUUCGGGGGCCCCGAGUGCGAGAAGCUCCUGAGCGUCAACUUCGUGGACCGGGACACGUACCUGCAAUUCACCGACCUGCACAACUGGCCACGGGCCAACAUCACGCUGCAGGUCUCCACGGCCGAGGACAACGGGAUCCUGCUGUACAAUGGGGACCGGGACCACAUGGCCGUGGAGCUGUACCAGGGCCAUGUGCGGGUCAGCUACGACCCCGGGAGCUACCCCAGCUCGGCCAUCUACAGCGCCGAGACCAUCAACGACGGGCAGUUCCACACGGUGGAGCUGGUGACGUUCGAGCAGAUGGUGAAUCUCUCCAUCGACGGCGGCAGCCCCAUGACCAUGGACGGCUUCGGCAAGCCCCACACGCUGACCAGCGAGGCGCCGCUUUACGUGGGAGGCAUGCCGGUGGACGUGAACUCGGCCGCCUUCCGCCUCUGGCAGAUCCUCAACGGCACCAGCUUCCACGGCUGCAUCCGCAACCUCUACAUCAACCACGAGCUGCAGGACUUCACCAAGACCCAGAUGAAGCCGGGGGUGGUGCCCGGCUGCGAGCCCUGCCGCAAGCUGUACUGUCUUCACGGCCUGUGCCAGCCCGACGCCGCCCGCGGCCCCGUGUGCCACUGCGAGCCGGGCUGGGCAGGGCCGCACUGCGACCAGCAGGGCCACAGCCCCUGCCAGGGCCACAAGUGUGUCCACGGGGACUGCGUGCCCCUCGACGCGCUCUCCUACAGCUGCCAGUGCCACGACGGGUACCGCGGCGCCCUGUGCAGCCAGCAGGGGGAGCUCUACAACCCCUGCCAGAGCCUGCAGUGCGGCCACGGGCACUGCCAGAUCUCGGACCGGGGGGAGGCGUCCUGCGAGUGCCAGAGCGGUUACGCCGGCCAGCUGUGCGACCAAGAGUCGGCGUGCCGGGGCGAGCCGGUGCGGGACCACCCCCAAGUGCAGCGGGGCUAUGCCAUCUGCCAGACCACGCGCCCCGUCUCCUGGGUGGAGUGCCGGGGCUCCUGCCAGGGCCAGGGCUGCUGCACGGGGCUGCGCCUCAAGAGGAGGAAGGUCACCUUCGAGUGCAGCGACGGCUCCUCCUUCGUGGAGGAGGUGGAGAAGGCCAGCAAGUGCGGCUGCGCCCGGUGCAUGUAGCAGCCGGGGGCGGGCGGGGGACGCCGAUAGAGACCGAGGGGCGGAGCCGCCGGAGGAACCGCCCAUGAGCCGGGACCGUCUGCCUGGCACUCCCAAAGCCUGCCUCGCUGUCCCUCCCCCGUGUGCACCGCGGGCGUGAGCCGGGCCCCGCCCGGCCGCCCUGGGGCAGGGGCUGCCCCAUGCAGCGAGCCAGCACGAAACACCCGUGUAGAUAGGGAGGGUUUUUUAAACCUGCAGCUCCCCCAAUGUAUUUAUAGUGGGCAGGACACGGGAGCCGCCCCAGCCCCCUCCUGUCUGUCUCUGCUUUCUCCGCUUUGUACAGCCCCAGCCCUGGGCUCAGCCCCGCCAUGUGAAUUCCCAUGGGCUGGGGGCCUGGCAGCCGGGGGUACGGCGGGGGGCUCUGACCCUGCUGCCUUUGCCUGGGGUGGCGGGACACGGCCGGCUCAGCGGCAAGGCCAGUCCCAGCCGUGCAGCAUUGGCUGGAACGGCAGCAGUGUUGGUUCGUGGGCCGCGCCGGAGCCGCGGUGGCCAGAGACAUGCCCUGCCCCACCCCACCCCCUCGCCGUGGGAGUGUUGAGCCCAGAGCCACCCCUGCUGUGCCAGGCCCCCGGCACUGCCCCCGCCUCAGGGCUGAGCUGGGAGGACGUCAGUGUUUGGGCUGGCGGCCUGGCCACGUGCCCGGGCAAGCGCAGGGCCUGCUGCGGUGGCCGUGAAGCCAGGCUGGGCUGUUCCUGCCUGUGGGCGCGGCCGGAGCCGGAGCUGCAGCCCCUCCCCGGGCCGGGCCGAGUACCAAAGGCGCGCCUGUGUCAGCCGCUGGGUGCCACGGGGGCUGGGUGUUCCCUCCCCCCACCAGUUAACAUGGGGCCAUGCGUCACUGCCCUAGUGUUUGUGUGACAAGGGCCCGGGGGUGGGGUGGGGGGGGAACAGUGAAUGGUUGAACAGCUGGGCUAUUUAACCCCCCUUGACCCCAACCCCCCGGCCAGGCUUGGCCGGCGCAGGGCCCUGCACGCUGAAGUGUGUGUGUGUGGCAGGGGCGGGGCCGAUAGGGCCAAACCCACACUGCCCUGCACCCCAUUGGAAUAGGGCACUUGAAAAACCAGGGGCCUCCUGUGGCUGGGGGCCCAGCAGCUAAGUGCUUAUGAGGCCCAGGCCGGGGCGUCCCGGUGGCACCAGCUGGCGCACUGUGAAGGCCUGGUUGGGUCCUGCUCUGGUGUGGGCAGGAAGCAGCCCCACAGAACUCUGGGGUGGAGCCAGGGAUGAGGAUUUUAGGGCUGCGGGCUGAGGGAGGGGGGGAGUGAGGGCCCUGGACUGUGGGUGCAGGUUCC